AUGCGGUUUCGCUCGACCUUUGCCAAUUAUGGCGCCGUCAUGGUCUUUGAACAGACUCUCACCUGUUUUCAGCGGGCGUCCAAGGCACGAAUGGUGGGCGUGCGGUUUUGCGAGGACAAGGUUGUCCUUCAGCCAACGCAGCUCGACUUUCGGCGUGAUGCCAACCUGUGGGCCGAGAUGCCCCGCAAUGAGCUCUUCAGUGAGUUUGUGCUCGAUAGCAAACAUCCAGAGAAGCAGAUUAUGGUAGAACUCCGCCUCGAGCUUCUCAUCAAGGCCUUCAGCUCCACUAAGGACGCACGCUCCGUGCACAUGCGCCUUCGCAAGCAAGGCAGUGAGGCCUACUUGGCCGUCCGCAUUGGUGUCCUGACCACCACGGGUGCAGUCCGCCAGAUCCAACAGGAUGUGCCCAUCCAGGUGUUUCCGAGCACCGCCAUUGCCGACUACCCCGUGCCCAACGUGCCGCCUAGCCAAGUGCACAUUUUUCUGCCAGAUCCACGCCGUUUGCGUCUCAUCCUUGAGAGGAUGAAAACAUUCAGCAACGAGAUCACGAUUCAAGCCAAUGGCCAGGGGGAACUGCUGCUGCAGAGCGCGAGUGAGAUGGUCAGCAUCAGCACCACCUACCACGGCCUAACCAACCCUGCCCGCAAAGAUCAAGAUGACGGCGCGAGCGAUGCACCCACGGCCUCUCAGCCCGCGGCCUUUGAGCGCGCAACCGUGGAUACCGCAAAGGUGCAAGCCUUUAUUCAAGGUGCCCUGCAAAUGAGUGCGACACCUCAUCUGCUGAUGACCCUUCAUGGAUAG